GUCACUGACUCAGUAGUAUCAUAGCCGUCAGCCAAAAGGUACCCUGUGGAGACACUCAACGAUAGUGAGGACGUAAAAAAGAGAGAGUUGCAAGAGAGAAGCAAAGUGUUCAGCUAACCUCUCUUCUCUCAGCCUCCCGUUUAGAUUUCUGCAUUCUUAAUAUGACCCUGUUCAGCCCAAGAUACAUGAACAUGAGCGGGGAACUGAAGUCCAGCCGCUCCAGGGCAGCGAGCAAGAGGACCAGCAACACCAUUUAUGGAUCCGAGUUCGACCUGGACUAUGACAGCUAUCAUGAGGUCUACUACGACAGGGUCUAUGACUACCAACGUGUGCCAGCAUCCAUGUCCCCCUUACCCCUGGGACCCAGUUUGGCCAAACGAUCCCGUUCCUCCUCCUCCGGACACAGACGCAGUCGAGACAGAACCCACACCAAAAGCUCCCGAACCCACUCCACUAGUUCAACCACAGCCAAGUUGGGCAUGGAGGAGUUGCAGGUGAUUAAAAAGGAGCUGACUCUGAUAAAGACACAGAUCGAUGGGUUGCUUGACAGUCUUGACAAGAUGGACACACAGAGGAAUGACCACAAAGAGUCUCCCCUGAGAGAGGACAGUGCAGCUGACUCACUGUACACGGCCAGUAGUCCAGAGCGCUCCCUGUCUCCACCCAGCUCCCGCCAUCGAAUCACCAAGGAGAGCCCUGAUCUGAGGGAGCCGCAUGAUGACCACACGAUGAGCGGCCACAGCUCUGACCCCGAGGAGGAAAUGUGAGGGAGGAAAAUGAGAAGAUGUAGAAGGAUGUGCAUUAAGUGUCAAACAUUGCGGAAGAGAACAACCACCACCAAGCCUGGCUGCAUUCCCCCUAGUAGGGUGUACAUAUCAGAAAACACAAUACAAUUAUUUGUAUCACAGCAGCUCGGUGACUGUAGUGACACAGGUGACUUAAACAAUACACUGUUUUG